CGAUUUCCGAGGCAAAUGGCAUGCAAACAUUAGUCCCUGAAUGCGUCAUUACGCACAUCGAUGACGUAAUCACGCACAGCGUUUACUCCGCUCUGGCAGACGUCGUCAGCAGAAGCAACAGGGCAACGUUAUGCGGACCAGGUGGCCAUGGCUUGGAAGUCGAGGACCCGCAGUCUGCAGGUGUUUGACACGGAGCUGAGUGCGGAUACGGUGGAGUGGUGUCCGCUGCCCCCCAGCCACGACGUCCUGGCAUGUGGGACGUACCAGCUGCAGAAAGCGGAAGGUGGAGACGAUGCCCCCGCCAGCCGAAUCGGUCGUUUGUACCUUUUUGAAUUUCGGCGUGAGGGCCCGAUGACCCCUCCUCUCACCGAGCUACAGCGUCUGGACACAGCAGCCAUCUUAGAUCUGAAAUGGUGCCACGUCCCUGUGUCAGGCAGGCCGGUGCUGGGGAUGGCUGCUGCUACGGGAGAGCUGCACCUCUACACGCUGAUGGAUGAUCAGGAAGGUGGGCGGAGCCUGAAGGCUAUGUGCAGUUUGGAGGUGGGGGCGCAGCGGCUGGCUUUGUCUUUGGACUGGUCCACUGGAAGAAUGGACAGCAGCAGCGACGUACGGGUGGUGUGCAGUGACUCUUUAGGCUGCGUCGGCGUAUUCUCCCUGGCAGAAGGAGCUCUGACGGCUCUGUCCCAAUGGAAAGCCCACGACUUUGAGGCCUGGAUCACAGCCUUUUCCUACUGGAACACACAGCUGGUCUAUUCUGGGGGUGAUGACUGCAAACUCAAAGGCUGGGAUCUGAGAGCUGGUCCGUCGAGCCCCGUUUUCACCAGUAAAAGGCACUCGAUGGGUGUGUGCAGUAUUCACAGCAACCCUCACGUGGAACACGUCCUGGCUACCGGCAGCUACGAUGAGCAGGUGUUGCUGUGGGACGGCAGGAACAUGAAGCAGCCCCUCGCGGAGAGCGCAGUGGGUGGUGGGGUGUGGAGGUUGAAGUGGCACCCGACCCAUCAGCACCUGCUGCUGGCUGCCUGCAUGCACAAUGACUUCCAUGUCCUUCACUGCCAGCAGGCCUUGGAGGGCGGUGGAGGAGCUUGUCCGGUUGUUGCCUCCUACAUCCUCCACAACUCCUUGGCCUACGGCGCUGACUGGUCCAGGCUGCCCCUUGAGGACCCCGCACCACAGUCCCCUCCUGCCACAGAACCAAAGGAAAGCCUCGCAGAGAGCCGAGGACACUUACGCAUCCAGUACGAGUCUCCUACUGCCAGCUUUGACACUUCCCUGGAGGACGACGCGGGACGUUACAUCCCAGAGGCCACUGUGACCCCCUCCACCAGCUCUGCUGCAUCUCUAGCCCCCAACCCGGACAAGGAUGCUUCCUCACUGUCCUGUCUGCUAGCUAGCUGCUCAUUCUAUGACCAUAUGCUCCAUGUGUGGCGCUGGGACUGGACUCCAGAGGAGACUGGACAGGAGUGCGAUCAACUUUGAGCUGGAGUAAUGUUGGAGGGCAUUAUAGAUCCAUGCUGUAAUACUGCUUAAAACUGCAACUGUCCUGUAGAUGAGUCUCCUACACCGAAACAUAUUUACUGCUAUUUUGAUGACACUGUUUUGAUAAUAAACACUUUAUAAUCGUUUAUUAUUCA